AGAGAACACUGACAACUUCAAAGCAAAAUGAAGUUCUUCCUAUUGCUUUCCCUCAUUGGGUUCUGCUGGGCUCAGUAUGACCCACACACUCAAUAUGGACGGACUUCUAUCGUCCACCUGUUUGAGUGGCGCUGGGUUGAUAUUGCCAAGGAAUGUGAGCGAUACUUAGCUCCUAAGGGAUUCGGAGGGGUUCAGGUCUCUCCACCCAAUGAAAACAUCGUGGUUUAUAAUCCAUAUAGGCCAUGGUGGGAAAGGUACCAACCAAUUAGCUACAAAAUAUGCACAAGGUCUGGAAAUGAAGAUGAAUUCAAGGACAUGGUGAAGAGAUGCAACAAUGUUGGUGUCCGUAUUUAUGUGGAUGCAGUUAUUAACCACAUGUGUGGCGCAGGCGGUGGUGCAGGGACAAGCAGUACCUGUGGAAGUUACUACAAUGCCAAUAACAGGGAAUUCCCAGCAGUUCCAUACUCUGCUUGGGAUUUUAAUGAUGGAAAAUGCGAUGGAGAAAUUUAUAACUAUAAUGAUGCCAAUCAGGUCAGAAAUUGCCGUCUGUCUGGCCUUCUGGAUCUUGCACUUGAGAAAGAUUAUGUUCGUGGCAAGGUGGCUGACUACAUGAACCAUCUCAUUGACAUUGGUGUAGCAGGAUUCAGACUUGAUGCUGCUAAGCACAUGUGGCCUGGAGACAUAAAGGCGAUUUUGGACAAACUGCAUAACCUAAAUACACAAUGGUUCUCUGCAGGAAGCAGGCCUUUCAUUUUCCAAGAGGUCAUUGAUCUGGGUGGCGAGGCAAUUAAAAGUAGUGAGUACUUUGGAAAUGGUCGUGUGACAGAAUUCAAGUAUGGAGCAAAACUUGGCACAGUUAUCCGCAAGUGGAGUGGAGAGAAGAUGGCCUAUUUAAAGAACUGGGGAGAAGGUUGGGGUUUUGUGCCUACUGACAGAGCCCUUGUGUUUGUGGACAACCAUGAUAAUCAGCGAGGACAUGGUGCUGGAGGAGCAUCCAUCCUGACCUUCUGGGAUGCUAGAAUGUAUAAAAUGGCAGUUGGAUUUAUGUUGGCUCAUCCUUAUGGAUUCACACGAGUAAUGUCAAGUUACCGUUGGGCAAGAAACAUCCAGAACGGACAAGAUUCAAAUGACUGGAUUGGGCCACCUAAUAACAAUGGAGUAACCAAGGAAGUGACCAUUAAUCCAGACAUGACUUGUGGCAAUGACUGGGUCUGUGAACAUCGAUGGCGUCAAAUAAGGAACAUGGUUGCCUUCAGAAACGUAGUCAAUGGUCAGCCUUUCUCAAACUGGUGGGAUAAUGGCAGCAACCAAGUAGCUUUUGGCAGAGGAAACAAAGGAUUCAUUGUCUUUAACAAUGAUGACUGGGCUUUGUCAAAAACUUUACAGACUGGUCUUCCUGCUGGCACAUACUGUGAUGUCAUUUCUGGAGAUAAGAUUGAUGGCAACUGCACCGGAAGUAAAGUCUAUGUUGGCAAUGAUGGCAAAGCUCAAUUUUAUAUUAGUAACUCUGCUGAAGACCCAUUUAUUGCAAUCCAUGUUGAAGCAAAACUGUAA